AUGUCGGCGGCUGUUGUAGUUGCUGUUCUCCUGGACUGGGAUUGUAACUUGGAAGAAGUAGCAGCACAGCAGAUUGCGCCAUGCAAUGAUCCCCUACCGAUAAAUACCAGCCUGGCUCAAAAUAUCGCUAGAUGGCUGUACUUCAAAGACAGUGAAGAAGAGACAGUUCUGCAACAAGUAUCGUGGUAUUGGGUGAGCGCAUCGCUGGGAUUUAUGAAAGGCACGAAACUUGACCAAUUUGCUAACCAGUGGGCUGAACCUCUAAGAAAC